AGACUUCAAAGAGUAGCUGAGCCAGAGAGCAUUUGACAAGAAUGAAGUUCCUUUCGCUUCUCCUGUUGCUGUCUGUGGCUGUCUCCUCUGCUUUCCCUGUGGGUCCAGAAGCAGAAGAUGAAGGACAAACCAUAAAUCUUGUGGAGACGUAUCUACAGAAUUUCUACAAUCUUCAAAUAGAUCACCAUCCUCAUGUAAGACAGAGGGGUAAAAAUCACCUUGUUGAAAAGCUCAAGGAAAUGCAAGAAUUCUUUGGACUACAGGUGACUGGAAAACCUGAUCUUGAAACUUUGGAGAUGAUGAAUAAACCCAGAUGUGGUGUUCCUGAUGUUCAGCAAUAUAUGUUCACACCAGGGAAUCCAAAAUGGAAGAGAAAUAAUCUGACAUACAGGAUUGUGAAUUACACCAGAAAGAUGAGACAAACCGAUGUAGAUGAAGCAAUCCAAAAAGCUCUGAAUGUCUGGAGCAGCGUGACACCAUUGACAUUCCAAAAGACUGAGGACAAAGAUGCAGAUAUAGUGAUCUCUUUUGCUUAUAGAGAUCACCAGGACAACUCUCCUUUUGAUGGCCCCAAUGGGCAGCUGGCUCAUGCUUUUCAACCAGGUGAAGGUAUUGGUGGAGAUGUGCAUCUUGAUGAGGAGGAAGCCUGGUCAAAAGAUGCAAGAGGAUACAACUUGUUCAUUGUUGUUGCCCAUGAGCUUGGCCAUUCACUGGGUCUGUCCCAUUCAAAUGAUCCUGGAGCACUGAUGUAUCCAACUUAUGCCUACACGGACCCCAAUGAAUUCAUUCUUCCUCAGGAUGACAUUGAUGGCAUUCAAGCUAUAUAUGGACAGACUAAUGCUGCUGUGCAGCCUACAGGGCCCAAAACUCCACAAGCCUGUGACCCCAAUUUGACAUUUGAUGCUAUUACUACCUUGCGUGGAGAAUUAAUGUUCUUCAAGGGCAGAUAUAUGCUGCGCAAACAUCCUGAGAGGGCAGAGACAGAGCUCAAUUUUAUCUCACUGUUCUGGCCAAAACUGCCAUCAGGAAUUCAAGCUGCCUAUGAGAAUAUUGAAAAGGAUGAAGUUUUACUUUUUAAAGAGGACAAAUAUUGGGUUAUCAGAGGAUAUGACAUUCCACAUGGUUAUCCUAAACCAAUCUAUCGCUUGGGGUUCCCGAAGACUGUUAAAAGAGUUAAUGCAGCUUACAGUGACGAGACCACAGGAAAAACAUAUUUCUUUGUAGCUGACAGAUACUGGAGAUACGAUGAAAACAAAAAAUCCAUGGAUCAAGGUUAUCCCAGGAAAAUAGUCCAUGACUUUGGAAAAAUAGGCAGAGUUGAUGCUGCUUUCCAGACUGAUGGCUAUGUCUACUUCUUCCAUGGAACAACUCAGUUCCAGUUUGAUCCUCGGUCCAAACGGAUUGUCAGUCAAAGGAAGAGCAUCAGCUGGUUUAAUUGCUAAUUGCAAUGUUUUUCCAUAUGCACACUGUAUAUUUUUAUGUGCUGAUUUUUUCAGCAUUUUAUGACUAUCAGGUCAGAAUGAUUUUCUGCCCAGAUUUUGUAAGAGUACAGUUUUAAUAAUUAUUAAUUGUAAUACAAAUGCAUUUAUAUAACUUAUUACACUUUCACCCGCUACAUUAACAUUCCAAAUAAAUUAUAUUUGUCGUA